ACCCUACUGCCAUGUCACAUAUGGAAUAUUCCCGUCACAUCGGGGUUUCCCUCUCGGUCACCUGAACAUUGGACGAUACCAUGAACAAUCAAAAUGGGGUACGCUUAAUGGUUUUUCACUAAAGCAUUAAAAACCAUUUACAUAUUUGCAUUAUGAAAUGUAUAACAGCUAUUUAAGUCGCAUCAUAAUAAUUACAAUGUGUGUUUGUUCUUCUUGUACAGAAAUAUAAAUCGUGCCAUUUUAAACAACUCACUUCCUUAUACAAAAUCGACUCAAUGGACUCAUCCAAAAAUGGCCGCAAUAUCUGUCAACGAGAAGUGAAACUUUCCCUUAAGAAUAGGACUAUAUCCCGUCAAAUAACCGUUACUGGAACGGGUUUUUUUCUCUCAAUUUGACAUCGAUGCGGUUUUACCGUACAUAUAUUUUUACGGUAUUCUGACUUGUUCUUUCGUCCGACGCCGUUUGGUAUUGAAUAGCAACCCGCCUUGCUCAACUGCUGUCCUGUAAGUGAGCUAGCCAGCUAAUCGCGAGGAGAUUCCACUGUCCGGGAAUAAUCUCGCGCAUUUAUUCCCAGUCUGUCGCACUAGAUAACGCGCGAGACCUCGCACUGAUACGGUCUCGUGAGUUGUUCUCACAGGAAGCAGGUUUUAACGCUGAACACGUUCGCAAGGUGUUUGUCUGGCUCAGCGCUUCCGUCUACAUCUUUACGUCACUCACUUCCAAUUAAGUUUGAUGUUUUUCCAUGAGCACCCUGCGGAGAGGACUUUGAUUUGCUUGUACCUUCUGUCCUAGCAGAUCAAUGGAGAAGCUUCAGGACCUCAGCCAAUCCGAGUUGCAGGAUUUGCUAGAUAACUCGGAGCGGGUGGAGUCUAUGGCACUGGAAUCUGAUGAGAUUCAGAAUAUUCAAUUGGAGAGGGAGAUGGCCCUGGCUGCCAACCGCAGUCUGGCAGAACAAAACCUUGACAUGAAGCCCCGUCUUGAGAAAGAGAGAGCGCGGCUGGUGGAGAAAUACACUGAACUGGAGCAAGUGAGGGAGAAAUACAAACAGCACUGUGCCCUGAGAGACAGUAUAAUGGGGCAGGUGUCCCCAGAGGGGCUGUUGUCUCGUUUGCAGAUAGAGGGCGCCAACACAGAGGAAGAAUCAGAGGCUUUAGCAGAUGAGUUUCUUGAAGGUUCAAUAUCGCUGGACUCCUUCUUCGAACGCUUCCUUUCUCUCCGAUCUCUCGCUCACAUGAGACGAGUGCGCAUCGAAAAGCUACAAGAAAUUCUCUGCCAAAAAAGCAAAGGGAUAGGAGAUGCUAAAAUUACAUCACAACCCUGUGCCAAUCAGGAUGCUGGAUCAUCAUCACCGUGGCAACAGCAGCAGCCCCAGCACCAACAGAGCUCCAAAAUCAGUGUACCCGCCAAUGCCACCAGCUCUGCUCUCCCCUACUCCCCCUAUCCUGUUCCUCCCCUCAACCACCUCCCCUCAGCCUCUUCAACAGGUCCCACCAACCCUAGCACAGCGUUUCAGCCCUACCCCAGCCAGGGUUCCCCCUUCCCUCCAUCAACGGGCUACUCCACUCCCAGACCAGCGUUUGGCCCCCAAGCUUGCCCAUAUCCCACCCAACCUUCUUUUCCUGGGCCACCAUUUGGGCAUUUUGGUCACACCCCUGCUCCGUACCCAAAUCCAUACCAGUAUGGAGGGUUUGCCUACCCCACAGGCCCCAAUGGGCCAUCAAACCAGUCACCAACAGCUAGACCACAUUAUAGGCCUGGUUUCGGGGUACCACAACCAUACUCCUGAGCCACUCAGUGUGUGUCUCUGUCUUUUCUCAUUAUUCUCCCUCUCGUCUCACUCCCUCCUUCUCCUCUCAUUCUACCAUUUCCUUACCCUCAGAUUCAUGGUUUGCGUACCCAUGUCACAUCCUGUUCCUGUCUGAGGCUUUUAAAGAGCACUUGAGAUUGGGUAAAUGUGUGCUUGUUCCCCCUUGAAACCUCAAUGAAAGACUCGGUCAGAGACUCGGUAUGGGCUUCACAGCCUUGGCACACCAAUGGCUUAGUUCCUGUCCAUUUUAAAGCAUGUUUUCAAAUCAGUUUGCAAAAAUCUCAGCAUCACAUAUUUGUUGAUUACAUUUGACAACAAGAUGCUUUUCUUUGUUCUUUGAAAAAAUUGUGUUACAGCUCAGCCUUGUUCGGCUGUGAUUCCAAUCAUUUUGAUGAUUCAACUUAUACUGAGAAAAACAUGUUACACUACAUGGAGGAUUCCCAAAUCUCUUGUCUAUAAAAACCCUUGUUAACAGUAUAAAUCCAGAAAGCACAGCACCAUCUUUCCAUUUUAGAACAGAUGCAAACUCCUCAAGCUCUUUUUAAAAAAAAUCAUGAUUAAAUUAAAGACAACUUCCAUGUCUGCAGAUUUGAGAUCCAAAUCACAGUGUUGUAACACGUUUCUGGGUGCAAUAAGUCCUGUUACGAAUUCAUAGUAUACCAAUGCACCAUUUGGUCACUCCCAACCUCCCAAUACCUCUUAUGCUUGCUUCCCUCUUUUUUUUUUUCUUUGCACCCUUGCACUCAUUUACUUUUAAUACCAAUUACAAUUAUCAGAAGGACUAGAUUAUUACCUUCUUUAAUGGAGACAAUGUAAUUUGUAUGAACAUAUUAAUAUUAAAGGGAAAUUGUAUAACAAGGGAUAUUAAUGUAGACAUAUCUUUAUCUGAUAUAGCACAGGAUUUGGUGGGGCAGGUGAGGCGUAACAUAACACAGAGCAUAUGCAAGACAAUAGGCACUACAUGACAUGCUUUUAGCAUGCAUUAAGGUAGAGAAAAACCUUUCACGUUGAAACUAUGCAGUCAAAUGCCUGGACAUUAGCUGCAUAAUUUACACUUUUGAAUUUGGACACAAUGAGGCAUUUGAUGAUCUUGUGAAGCCAGCCAGAAUUAUGGAAAUGUCUAUUUCAAAUAGACACACUCCCCUUAGAAUCAAAAAGUGAGUGAGAGUGGAUCUGGAUCUGGCUCCACAGAUUCAUUUUGCCACUCCUUACCCACAGAACAUCUUAUUUUGUGGUUUGAUUUAAGCCCACCCUCAGAUCCACUUGAUUCUGCCACAUGAAUGUUUUGAAGACCACUAAACACUCCAAACACAAAGGGUCCAAUGUUAUUGCCUGGGCCUCCCCUACAAAAAGUCCUAUUGUGUCAUUUAUCAAGGUGUUAUGUAGACCCCUAAAAUGCCACACCUACGUAAAGUGUUUACUUGCUCCUUGUUGGCCAACUAGAGGACCAUGUGAAUCACACUAGCACUCCGCACUAAUAGCCCCAAACUCUUUGGCAACAGGAGCUGGGAACGGGACCUUUGAACAGUCAGCUUUAGAAUAGGCGUGCGGGGUCUCUCUUUAUUUUUGUACUUUAAAGCAAUUCAAAACCAGGGGCAUCCUCAAACAAGCCUCAGGUGGCUUUAUCUAAUUCAUAAACUCAGUAAUUACGACUCAGGUUUGUGGCAAAACCCCCACGUUUAGGUUCCCUCCCCAGCAACUGGAGCGAGGGAGAAAGCUGAUAGGAUGACACGACGAUGAGAAAAAUGGGAAGAAGUUUUAUCCGCACAUUGAUUUGCAGCAUUAGAGGAAAGAAAUUCUACUGCAUUGGUUGUGAUGACUGUAGCCUGUUAAAAGUGUAUUUUUAUUUUUGCUGUCCUUUUUUCUCGGGUGUGAAUAUAAAACACUGAAGUUGA